CAUCCAACACUCACACGGUACAAUGUCCACGCCCCCUCAGUGUUGUUUGACAGCCAGUGGAGUUUCUUGGGAGUCUCCUGAACCGUGACAUUUUUUAGCUUGUAAAUCAGUGUAUUUGGACUUUAUUUCGACCGAUCUCUUCAGGGUUUUCUUCUAAUAAUGGAAUAAGGAGUCAUCAUGGUGGUGAAUUCAGUGCACUGGUUUCGCAAAGGGCUGCGUUUGCAUGAUAAUCCGGCGUUGCAGGAGGCCCUGAAUGGAGCGGACACAGUGCGCUGUGUUUAUAUCCUAGACCCGUGGUUUGCUGGCGCUGCUAACGUGGGAAUCAACCGAUGGAGGUUUCUGCUGGAGUCUCUGGAGGACCUGGACAACAGCCUGAGGAAACUUAACUCCAGAUUGUUUGUAGUGAGAGGACAGCCUACUGAUGUUUUCCCAAGGCUUUUAAAGGAGUGGAAAGUGACCAGGCUGACCUUUGAUUACGACCCAGAACCUUAUGGGAAGGAAAGGGAUGGGGCCAUCAUCAAGAUGGCUCAAGAGUUUGGAGUGGAGACCAUUGUUAGAAACUCACACACCCUCUACAACCUGGAUAGGAUAAUAGAGAUGAACAACAACAGUCCUCCGCUGACCUUUAAGCGGUUUCAGACCAUUGUGAGCAGACUGGAGUUGCCCAGGAGACCCCUGCCUCCCAUCAGUCAGCAGCAGAUGGACAAAUGCCACACCAAGAUAGCUGACAACCACGACAAGCUAUACAGUAUACCUUCACUGGAAGAGCUAGGUUUCAGGACGCAAGGUUUACCUUCAGCUGUCUGGCAUGGAGGAGAGUCAGAGGCCUUAGACAGACUCAGCAAACAUCUGGACAAGAAGGUAUGGGUGGCCAACUUAGAGCACCCACAGGGGAAGAUGUGCUCCCUCUACGCCAGUCCUACUGGCCUCAGCCCCUUCCUACGCUUCGGCUGCUUGUCCUGCAGGGUUUUGUACUACAACCUCAGGGAGCUCUACAUGAAGCUGCGGAAGCGCUGCACUCCUCCGUUGUCGCUUUUCGGCCAGUUGUUAUGGAGAGAGUUCUUCUACACGGCUGCCACCAACAACCCAAACUUUGACCGCAUGGAGGGAAACCCGAUAUGUGUACAGAUCCCAUGGGACCAGAACCCAGAGGCACUGGCAAAGUGGGCCGAGGGUAGGACUGGUUUCCCGUGGAUCGACGCCAUAAUGACCCAGCUGAGGCAGGAGGGCUGGAUCCACCACCUGGCUCGACACUCUGUGGCCUGUUUCCUCACCAGGGGCGACCUGUGGAUCAGCUGGGAGAGCGGCAUGAGGGUGUUUGAGGAGCUGCUGCUGGAUGCAGACUGGAGCGUAAACGCCGGCAGCUGGAUGUGGCUUUCCUGCAGUGCCUUCUUCCAGCAGUUCUUCCACUGCUACUGUCCUGUUGGCUUUGGUAGAAGAACGGACCCAUCCGGAGACUACAUCAGGCGUUAUAUCCCAAUCUUAAAGGACUACCCAAAUCGGUACAUCUACGAGCCCUGGAACGCCCCGGAGUCUAUCCAGAAGGCUGCAAACUGCGUGGUGGGAGUGGAUUACCCCAAACCUAUGAUCAACCAUGCAGAGGGAAGCAGGCUCAACAUUGAGAGAAUGAAACAAGUUUACCAGCAACUCUCACAUUACAGAGGACUCAGUCUACUUGCAUCUGUACCAACAAUCCAGGAGGAGGCAGAGCCACCGAUGACGGAUGAGUCACAGAAUAGCAGUGGCCCUGACUCUCCCGUCAGAGGUCCUGCUGACGGUGAAGCAGCCAGCUGCUCUGCAGCUCCAGAUUCCUCUACCUUUGCCCCAAAUGAAGAGCUGGAGGACACAGAGAACAUCCAGACUCCCUGCACCUCCUCAAGCUCACAUACACAUCCUUCUGCAGCCAUAACUUCGACGUCUGCAAGCCUUCCCUCAUCCACAGCAACUCCUCUCUCCCCAGCCCACUGUCCUCUGUCCAGGUCCAAAUCCUCUUCCCCUUCCAAUUCAUGUCCCUCCAUGUCCCCGUCCCCGAGUCCAGCAACGACCCCGUCUCUGACCUCCCUAUCACUAGGGCCCAAAAGGAAAGGCCUCAGCCGAAAAGUGCGGCGCACCCAGAGGCAACGAGGGCGGCAGAGCUGCACAUCAGCAGCAAGGGAGGGUGAGACGAGGCCAGAGGAGGAGGCAGGAGGGGAGGAGAGGAUGGAGGAGGACGCAGAACAGGAGAAAGAGGAGAGAAUGGAGGAUGAGACCUGGGGAGUGAUGUCAGGACUUCCGCAGUGAUAUAAGGUGGAGUUCAAGAACAUCAUCUUCAAACAUCCAUCCCCGAACAACUGGACUCACAGAGAGAAAAAAGAAACAGGUUCCUGGAUACCUGAACUUCAUCAUUAAUAUGUAUAAAUAGCAUGCACACAACACAUGUUGAAACAGUAAUCAAAAAAUAACUCUCAUUUAUCCAGCCAUCCAAAACAUGGACAAACGUUCAGGGUGAGCAUUUUGAUAAGAAUCACUCCCUGAAAAUAAAUUACAGAAUUGCUGUAAAUGACUCAAAACGACUUCUUGUGUGAAGAAACAGAGGAGGUCAUUAUCCUUCAAAUUAUUUAGGAUAAGCAAUCUUCUCUUGUACAGUUCCUUACAGCUGCUUUAACACAAUAUUGAACUGUCUGACACAGUGUGGCGGUUAGCAGCAGCAGCAGCAGCAGCAACUCUUGCUUAUCCUCUUGAAUGUCCUUUCCUACGGAAUGAGGUAGUGCAGGAUCCUGAAUGUCAGCGGUCAAGACACCGUCCACCAUCCUCCACACCAUCUCUCUCUGUAUGUUCAGCUGCUUAAAUGUACAAAAGUAACUUUAGGUUAUUUCAUAAGGAUGCAGAUUUUGACAUUUUGCAGUGAUGAUUUUACACAAAUGUGGUUUAUGAGAUUAAAUGAGUUCGGAUGAAACCAGAACCCCAGAACAAGGGUCUGCAUCCAGGUCCUGAAGAGGCCAAAAUCUCACCACUACUCUUUUAGAGAGCGUCAGUGGCACGUCUACAGCUUCAGACAGAUUCACAGACUUAACUUUUAAAUAUGCUCGGUGUGCAGGUGUGUACAUUUCUGAACUGCUUUAGGAGGCCCUCAUUUCUACUCUGAUUGGAAAACUGUGAUGACGUCAGACUUUGUAAAAAAUCAAAACAGCAUGCCACUUUUGGCUGAAGGGAUGAAGCGGGUAUUCCGUUCAUGUGGCCCCGACGACAUGGAACCACUUUCAAAACAAACAAAAACACCAAAAAAAGAAAAACUCCACAUUUUAAUAUGUAAAUGAAUGUUUUGAAAAUAUCUGAUAUUUUUGCUAGCAGAAAUGAAGAUGUUAAUCGGUGGUAAAAAAUAACAUUUUUAUAUUCUGCCUCCCUGAGUCAUUAAUUCCUUGUCUGUUUUAUAGGGUCACUUUGAGAGCACUUAGCAGAUUGCUAUUUGAAACAGUGUAUAUUGACAAAAAGGCCAAGGUGAGACCCUCUGUGUGAACAGCUUUAAUAAGAAAACUAAAAACACAAGUUUUUUCAUUUGCCAUAGUUUUUACUGGCAACUGUUAAUACUUCUUAUGUACAAUGAAUGUAGAGAAAAUAUAGAGUGUUGUUCUCCCCAUAUAUUUAUCAGUUUGUAUAUAAAAUAUGUUAAACCUGUCUGUUUUACCAACAGUCUGAUAAAGGGGGUUUCACAAAGGCUUACCUUUUGUUUCUGCCUGGAGGUUUUGCACCAGAAGUGUCCACUAGAGGGUGACAGAUGCAGUAAAUUCAGCACACGAUCAAUGAAAGGUUGGCUAUAAUAAAGAAAAUCACUGAUUUUACUAAAUAAUAAUUUAAAACCAACAAAAAAAAGGAUUUUAAGUGCUAAAAGUUUUUUUUAUAAUUCUACAUUUUUACCCUUUUCCCUUAUUACAUCAGCAAAAAUACUCACGACAGAAAAACUACAACAAAAAACUACAAGAAAACUACACUACAUAUUGAAUCUGAACCUAAAUUUCUUCUCUCUGAGGUCCAAAUAAUUGCACACGACCUCUGGGAGAACCACACAUAUUUCUUUGGGAGAAUUCUCUGAUAGGAUCAGAGGGUUUUUUUCAAGUGACAAUCAGUGUGGCUGUGUCAUCCUCACUACUUCAUUCAACUGUUCUUGAUCCCUGUGCAGAAUAAGCAAGCCAUAAAGUAGCAGUUUGACUUUGUGAAACCCCCUGAAUAAUGCCGGGGUGGGUCAAAGUUUCCCCCGAGCGGGAUCAAAGAAUGUCAAGAGACUAAACUUGCAGCUCAUACAGGUGUUGUACUGUUGGUGUUAAAGAAAGGUGUGCACUGUGAGCUGUUGGAUCCCUGAGGAGUAAAAGGACGGAUCAGCUUGUAUAUCCUCUCAGGCUCUCAACCUGAUUACAGAUAUGAACAGCCCAAAGUUCCCACUUAUCCUGAAUGCAACACAGGCCCUGAUUCUGUGUUUUGCAGCACAUUCCAACUAACAACAGUACAAUGCUCUGCGGGCUGGAGGUGUGUCUGAGAACUGUGGGCUAAAUGGAUAUUUAUUUGUUUUGUAUUGUACAAAAAGAGUUUAUUUUCAUUAAAACCGCUGAAGGAAUUGUGAUUGAAA